AACAGGCAUGUGCCCAUUCAUCGACUCCUCCUUAAAACUUUCAGCUUUUCAUUGAUAUCCUCCGGCAAAUAUGAUUUCUUUAAGGCUAAGCCUUCUUUUCACACUUAUCUGCUGUCUGAUUAUUAAUCAGACAUAUUCCAAGAAUGAUCGGAAGACUUACAUUGUCUACAUGGGCGACCACCCUAAGGGCAUGGACUCUGCUUCCUUACCUUCCCUUCAUAUAACCAUGGCGCAAAAAGUCCUUGGCAGCGACUUUGAACCAGAAGCUAUACUUCACAGCUACAAAAAAAGCUUUAAUGGUUUCGUCAUCAAGUUAACAGAAGAGGAAGCACAAAGAAUGGCAGAAAUGGACAAUGUUGUCUCUGUUUUCCCAAAUAGGAAAAGUCGUCUGCAGACGACUAGAUCGUGGGACUUCAUAGGCGUUUCACAGCAAAUCCAAAGAACAAGUUUAGAGAGAGACAUAAUUGUUGGAGUAAUAGACUCAGGACUUUGGCCUGAGUCUAAGAGCUUCAGUGAUGAAGGAUUUGGUCCUCCACCAAGCAAAUGGAAGGGAUCAUGCCACAACUUUACCUGUAACAAAAAAAUAAUUGGAGCAAAAUACUUUAACAUCGAAGGUGACUAUGCCAAAGAAGAUAGCAUAUCACCUAGAGAUGUACAAGGUCACGGGUCACACACUGCAUCAACAAUUGCUGGAAAUUUGGUUAAGUCUUCAAGUCUACUAGGGUUUGCCUCAGGGACAGCCCGUGGAGGUGUUCCAUCAGCACGCAUUGCUAUAUACAAAGUAUGUUGGAUCAAAAUAGGUUGUCCUCAAGCUGAAACCCUUGCAGCAUUUGAUGAAGCAAUUGCUGAUGGAGUUGAUAUAAUUUCCAUUUCAACCGGACUUACUAGUAUAGUGUACAUUCCGUAUUUCCAAAGCGCAUUUGAUAUAGGAAGUUUCCAUGCAAUGAAGAGAGGUAUAUUAACGUCAAAAUCAGCCGAUAAUUCGGGUCCAGGGUUAUCCUCUAUCACAACUUAUUCGCCAUGGAUACUCUCUGUGGCAGCUAGCACUAUUGGCAGAAAGUUCCUUACUAAGGUGCAAUUGGGCAACGGCAUGGUUUUUGAGGGGGUUUCAAUUAACACUUUUGAUCUCAAAAACAAAAUGUUUCCACUGGUUUAUGCUGGAGAUGUACCUAACACUGCUGAUGGAUAUAAUAGUUCCACAUCCAGGUUUUGCUACGUUAACUCUGUGGAUAAACAUUUGGUGAAAGGAAAGAUCGUUCUGUGUGACGGAAACGCGAGUCCUAAAAAAGUUGGGGAUUUGUCUGGGGCAGCUGGGAUGCUUCUUGGAGCCACUGAUGUAAAAGAUGCUCCAUUCACUUAUGCACUGCCCACAGCUUUCAUUAGUUUAAGGAACUUUAAACUAAUACAUUCUUACAUGGUUUCAUUGAGAAAUUCGACGGCCACAAUAUUUAGGAGUGACGAAGACAACGAUGAUUCACAAACCCCUUUCAUAGUUUCAUUUUCAUCUAGAGGUCCAAAUCCACUUACACCAAACACUCUCAAGCCUGAUCUCGCAGCCCCGGGAGUUAAUAUUCUAGCUGCAUGGUCUCCAGUCUAUACAAUUUCAGAAUUUAAAGGUGACAAAAGAGCAGUUCAAUACAACAUAGAAUCUGGCACUUCAAUGGCUUGUCCUCAUGUAUCAGCUGCAGCUGCAUAUGUCAAAUCAUUUCAUCCCAAUUGGUCUCCUGCUAUGAUCAAGUCUGCACUAAUGACCACUGCCACACCAAUGAGUCCUACUCUUAAUCCUGAUGCUGAAUUCGCAUAUGGCGCGGGUCUAAUUAAUCCUCUUAAGGCGGCAAAUCCUGGUUUAGUGUAUGAUAUUAGCGAAGCGGAUUAUGUCAAGUUCUUGUGUGGAGAGGGCUAUACAGAUGAAAUGCUUCGAGUUCUCACUAAAGAUCAUAGUAGAUGCAGCAAACAUGCUAAAAAGGAAGCUGUAUAUGACCUUAAUCUCCCAUCAUUAGCUCUUUAUGUAAACGUCUCAUCUUUCAGUCGUAUUUUCCAUAGAACAGUUACAAAUGUGGGAUUGGCAACGUCUAGUUAUAAAGCCAAAGUGGUAUCUCCAUCUUUGAUAGAUAUUCAAGUGAAACCAAAUGUUCUGUCCUUCACAUCAAUUGGGCAGAAGAAGUCAUUCUCCGUCAUAAUUGAAGGGAAUGUCAAUCCGGAUAUACUGUCUGCUUCUCUGGUUUGGGAUGAUGGAACUUUUCAAGUUAGAAGCCCCAUUGUAGUGUAUGGUGAUACAUAAUUUAGUGUCAUUAAUUUUUUCUUUCUAAAGUCAAAAUCUAGAUUAUAUGUUUCAUGAAGAUUAGUCGGGACUAGAGAUAAAUAAUAGUCCGAGACCAUAUAAUAAAUUGAAUUAAGAUUUAUCUUAAUUAGUUAAA